CAGCGCUUUCUUAGAGUUGUCAAAAACGUAAAUUUUUCGGUGUGAUAAGUGAACAAUAGGAAGAAAAUUUAAAAAAAAAACAGCCUCCUGGCUGGAAAAAAUUUGAAAAAAAAGAGAUGAGGGUGGCGGGCAUAAUGCUGAUAAGCAUUGCUCUAACGAGCUUUGUUAUCGGCAAUGCUUAUUACCAAAAAAAACAAUUUUAUCCCUCCGUGGUCUACAUAACCAAGUCCAAUCCCAGUAUGGCUGUGAUGUAUGUACAAGGAUUGAUACUCGUAUUUAUGAUGAAUACAUUUUUGAGAAAAAUAUUCUUUGGAAAUUUAAGAGCAGCGGAACUUGAACAUUUAGUGGAAAGAGUGUGGUACGCUGUGACAGAAACGUGUUUAGCGUUUACAGUUUUUAGGGAUGAUUUCAGUCCGAAAUUCGUCGCUUUAUUCACACUUUUACUAUUUUUGAAAUCGUUUCAUUGGCUUGCUGAAGACAGAGUCGAUUUCAUGGAGAGAAGUCCGGUGAUAACAUGGCUAUUUCAUCUAAGAGUGGGAACUUUAUUAGUUCUUUUAUUUAUAAUAAAUGUGACAAUGUUUCAAUACGCCUACAAUUCAACGCUUGCAAAAGGCGCAUCAGUGCAACUUGUUUUUGGCUUUGAAUACGCAAUUUUAUUGACCGUUGUUUUAAACAUUUGGAUUAAAUAUAUUUUGCACGCGAUAGAUUUACAAAGCGAGAAUCCCUGGGACAAUAAACCAGUCUUCCUUCUUUACACGGAACUUGUUAUUGGUCUUAUGAAGGUAAUUUUGUAUAUUUGUUUUGUCGCCAUUAUGGUUCGAAUAUACACACUUCCCCUAUUUGCUUUUCGGCCAAUGUACUACACGAUUAGAAAUUUCAAGAAAGCUUUCCACGAUAUUGUCAUGUCACGAAGGGCAAUUCGAAACAUGAACACAUUGUAUCCUGACGCAACAGCCGAAGAAUUGGCGGCGGCCGAUAAUGUUUGCAUCAUUUGUCGUGAGGAAAUGGUGUCUGCGAGUAAAAAGUUGCCGUGCAAUCAUAUAUUCCACACGGCGUGUUUGCGAUCCUGGUUUCAACGACAACAAACUUGUCCGACUUGUCGUUUGAAUAUUUUGAGACCAACGAAUCGAAGGGACACGAGACCACCGACACAACCACAGGCCGCUCAUAUUCCUCAAACCGUUCCCGUUCCCGGCGGUGAACAAAAUCAACAAGGCAUGCCAAUACCGCCAUUUUGGACGAAUUUCCAAGUUCCAGGGGGAGCGGCUCCCGUUCAAGGGCAAAAUAACGGGAAUUUACCGUUCCCGUUGCUUCAGCCGCUUGGAACAGGUGGAGUUCCACUUUUCGCUCCACCAUUCCCACCAAUGAUAAAUUUACCUCCAGUGCCAACACCUCCGCCAAAUUUGACCGCAUUAAGCGAGGAAGAGUUACGAGCAAUGGAAGGAAAUCUUCGUCAAGCCCUCGAGGCCAGGAUACAAAUGCUUCAGAGGGUUCAACUUUUAUUAGACGCCGCGAACGCAAUGAUGAAUCAAUACCAGACUGUAACUGCAACCUUAAAUACAAAUGUUCCACCACCACCACCACCACCAGUACCACCACCAACAACAACAACUACAACAACAACAACAACUACAACAUCGGCAACGAGCGAGGUUCCAGAAUCGAGUCAAACCUCGACAAAAGAUCCCACAUUAUUGUCGAAUGACAUUGGGAAUCACAAUUCCAAGACUGUCGUAGAUUUUCCAAAACCAAGUACAUCAACGGAAAAUUCAACUCCAAGCACAAAUAGUAAUGAUAUUAGUUCAUCGAAAAUCAACUCAGAAACCUCAGAGGAGCAGGAAAAUAUAAGAAGACGGAGAUUACAAAAAUUCUCGACACAAGCAGAAUAAAAUAAUAAAAAAAAGAAACGAAACGAAACACACAAUAAAGAAUACUAAACUUCUGUGUUGUGAAAUUAAAGAAGAAAAAGAAGUCUUUAUUCUCUUUUUGAUAGUUGUUCAAUCAUUUUGUGAAGGAAAAAAAAAGUGUUUCAACUAUCGAAGAGAUUAAUCGAUUAGACGUUUGUUAAUAAAUGGAACUACGAUUGCAGAGUUUAUAAUGGAAAAAAAGAAUAGAAAAAUUUUUGUCGAUUUCAGAGUGUGAACUCUUCUUGCUGUGUGUAUGUUCGUGUGUAUGAAGCAAGUGUUUUAUAAUAAUAUUUAAAAAGAAACUCUUCUAUGCGCUUAAAAAGAAAAAAGAAAAAAAAAGAAACAGAUUUACUUUAUUGUACAUACGUAGAUUUUACAUUUGGCGCUUUAGAGAGUUUUCUUUUCUAUUUCACGGCAGUGACCGAAUUGUAUUCAUUUAGGUGAUAAAAAAAAACAAUUUUCCUUUAAAAAAUGGUUUUCAAAAAAUGAAAAAAGCGGCAAUUUAAUAAAAUACUGGAUAACUUUAUUAUUUAAA